UAACCAUUUAACUUUUUUAUGAUAGUCAAAACUGUUCAAAAUUCAUGAAAAUAACUAAAUGUAACUUAGAGUUUAAUACAAAGCCACAAAAUUACUCAUCUAUUUUAAUAUCAGGUGCUGUUACUGUAAAUAGGACGUUUUCAUCUGACUCAGGCAAUGAACCUCGUCCCACGCGCUGCACUACCCUAAAUAUCAUUAUCGUACAGAAUUUAUGAACAAUUUCUCGUUAACAAGAACCUCUCAAUCUACAAAUCUAAACACCGGAUCCAUCUGCAAGUCGAGUCCUUCUACUUUCUCCGUAGAGCGAGCAUCCUUGAUGACGUCACCUAAUUUCUCCGGGCGUUUCUUCGGCCUUGAUGCGAGAUGCACGUGGCGGCCAGGAUCCGCAGACGUUUCCCCUUGCUUGGUAUGCUGGGCGGCGCUCAAGGCCAGGCGGUGCUGUGCGACGCAUAUUGAUCGCGUGCCCUGGUACUCUGCUACCUUCGUAACUUUAAUUUCUACCAAGAAUCGACCACAUUAAUACGAAUGUAGGAACAAGUUGCUCGUGGAAUGCGCAGGCGUAACUGACCUUUUGAAGCGGAGUGCCGACUGCAACACAAUCGGCGAUUACCGGAACACUUCUGCAGAAGUAUGAACAUGUGUAAUCACCGUGAUUAUGAACCUGGUGAUUGGCAGUCCACAAGGCAACCGUGACAUGCGAAAAUCAACCUUAAGUCCACGAAUGAACGCUUUAGUUUGAAUUGUGUGUCAAAUGUUUUAGUACU